AUGACCGGCGAAGUCAUUGACCAUCCCAAUCCCGAACCGUUACCUUCACAUCUGCCGGAUAAUUUAGAUCAGCUAAAGGUCCAGCUGCCCAAUGAAACACUCAAUCAGCAAGCAUGCGACGCCUUGUUCAAGUUCCGCAGAGUGGCCUGUUACAUUGCGACAGCAAUGAUUUUUCUCCGUGAUAACACACUUUUGAGAAAAGACCUCACAUUCGACGAUGUCAAGCCGCGAUUGCUCGGCCAUUGGGGCACAUGCCCAGGUCUGAUUCUAGUAUACUCCCACCUGAACUACAUCAUCCGAACAAGGAAUCUGGACAUGCUCUACGUCGUCGGCCCUGGACACGGAGCACCUGCGAUCCUGGCAGCACUAUGGAUGGAAGGCUCUCUCGAAAAGUUCUACCCGCAGUACUCGCGCAAUUCGCAAGGCCUCCACAAUCUCGUCACGACAUUUAGUACAACGGGCGGUUUCCCGAGCCACAUCAAUGCCGAAACUCCCGGGGCCAUCCACGAAGGCGGUGAGCUGGGAUAUGCCCUGGCUGUAUCAUUCGGUGCCGUGAUGGACAGCCCCGAUCUCAUUAUUCCUUGUAUAAUCGGUGACGGCGAGGCCGAGACUGGGCCGACAGCUACCUCUUGGCACGCAAUCAAGUACUUGGAUCCGAAAGAGUCUGGGGCCGUCCUUCCGAUUCUCCAUGUCAAUGGAUUCAAAAUUAGCGAGCGUACCGUCUUCGGCUGUAUGGAUAACAAAGAGCUCACGGCUCUUUUCACGGGAUAUGGAUACCAGGUUCGCAUCGUUGAAAAUAUCAACGACAUUGACACGGAUCUGCACUGCUCCAUGAGUUGGGCGGUGGACGAAAUUCACAAGAUCCAACAUGCUGCUCGCUCUGGGAAGCCCAUCCUCAAGCCGAAGUGGCCGAUGCUUGUUUUGCGCACUCCUAAGGGAUGGUCCGGGCCCAAGCAGCUCGAUGGUCAAUUCAUCGAAGGCUCGUUUCACUCUCACCAGGUUCCCCUACCCAAGGCCAAGUCCGAUAAAGGACAGUUGGCAUUGUUGCAAGAAUGGCUGUCAGGCUACAAACCUCAAGAUCUAUUUACAGAAGACGGAGACAUCAUCGACGAGAUCAAGUCCGUCAUUCCGACCGAUAACUCGAAGAAGCUGGGUCAACGCAUCGAAGCGUACAACGGCUAUACGCCGCCGAAGCUUCCCGACUGGAAGAAAUUCGGGGUCGAGAAAGGAUCGGAAGAAAGUGCCAUGAAGGCAAUUGGCAAGUUUAUCAACGAGACCUUCAUCCAGAAUCCGCAUAGUGUGCGGCUUUUCUCCCCCGAUGAGCUGGAGAGCAAUAAGCUUGAUGCGGUGUUUGAUAACACCAACCGCAACUUCCAGUGGGAUGAAUUUUCCAAUGCGCGUGGAGGACGAGUUAUUGAAGUUCUGAGCGAGCAUUUGUGUCAGGGCUUCAUGCAGGGAUACACCCUGACCGGUCGCGUGGGAAUUUUCCCAUCAUAUGAGAGCUUCCUGGGUAUCAUUCACACGAUGAUGGUGCAGUAUGCCAAGUUUAUCAAGAUGGCCAAUGAAACCAAUUGGCACAGUCCUGUCAGCAGCAUCAAUUAUAUCGAAACCAGUACCUGGGCCCGCCAAGAGCACAAUGGUUUCUCCCAUCAGAACCCAUCCUUCAUCGGCUCCGUCCUCAAUCUCAAGCGCAAUACCGCCCGAGUCUAUCUCCCACCCGACGCAAACACAUUCCUCACCACGAUCCACCACUGCCUCAAGUCAAAAAACUACGUCAACCUUAUGGUCGGCUCAAAACAGCCGACACCGGUCUACCUUUCACCCGAAGAAGCAGAAAACCAUUGUCGGGCCGGCGCCUCCGUCUGGAAAUUCUGCAGCACCGACGAUGGACUCGAUCCCGACGUGGUGUUGGUAGGUAUUGGCGUCGAGCUCAUGUUCGAAGUCAUUCAAGCGGCUGCAAUUCUGCGAGAGCGCGUGCCAUCUUUGCGCGUCCGCGUUGUCAACGUAACCGACCUGAUGAUCCUUGAAAAUGAAGGCGAGCACCCGCAUGCCAUGGGAACGGAGGCAUUCGAUAGCCUCUUCACGGAAGAUAAGCCCAUUCAUUUCAACUACCAUGGAUAUUCGACCGAGUUGCAGGGGCUGCUCUUCGGUCGUCCGCGUCUUGAGCGAGUCUCGAUUAACGGGUAUAUGGAAGAGGGUAGUACCACGACCCCAUUUGAUAUGAUGCUCGUGAACCAGACAUCGCGCUACCACGUGGCGAAGGCGGCUGUUCGUGGGGCGGCGAAGCGCAACGAGACGGUGCGGAUGCAUCAGCAUGAGCUGGUUGCGGAUUUUGAUCAUAUUAUUGUUGAGACGAGGAAGUAUAUCAUUGAUAACCAACAGGAUCCCGGUGACAUGUACAACAUGCCCAAAUUUACAUAA